AUCUGCGGGAUGGCAGCCGAUUGAAAAAGACGCGUUCGCCGCGCUGCUGAGGAGGAGUCUCGAGCACCGAACUCUGCCCCCAACUUCUUGGCGCAUUCACUUAAUUUUAUUCCUGUUCGGACCUGCCCCCAACUUCUUCUCUUCUGUUGCAUUCGCAUUACUCGCAGAUGACACACCUCCUCCUCCUCCUCCUCGCAUGGCCCGUAGAACACCUCCACCUCGACCUCGACCUCACCCCGCAUUCUCGUGCGGCGCCCUUUGUUGCCUGCCCCGGAAAACCCCCACCUCGCGUCCCCGCAAAACCUGGCGGAAAACCCCAGGUUUGAUCUCCAGGUCAUGAGAUAAUUACUUACUCAAACAACAGAAUAUAAAGCCCAUCGCACUCUGGCCACUUUCGCGAAAUCCCUUCCUAUCCACCGUCUUCCUCUCCUCUCCUCUGCCGUACCGUAACAACCAUGAGCAAUCCCAAGCCCGAGCUUCUUCACCUCGAGACCAUCGGCUCCGCCUCGACCGACGACGUCGAGGUCCAGAAGCACGCCGCCAUCGACGAGGAACUGCGCAAAUAUGUUGCUACUGAGGCCGUCGAGAUCGACUCAAAACUCAACAGACGUCUUCUAAACAAGAUCAACGGCCGCAUCCUCGUCGUCAUGCUCGGAACGUACUUCUUGCAGUCGCUCGACAAGAACGCCCUCAACUUUACCGCCAUCAUGGGUAUCAAGGAGGAUGCUCAUUUGGUUGGGCAGAAUUACUCUUGGCUCCACACCGUCAUCUACUUUGGUGUCCUCGCCGCUGAAUAUCCUACCGCCAUCUUUGUCCAGAAAGUCCCCAUCGCAAAGUACCUUGCCGCAAACGUCUUCCUCUGGGGUGUCGUCAUCACCAUGACCUGCUUCGGAGACACCUUCCCCAAACUAGUCGCCCUCAGAGUUCUCCUCGGUCUCUUUGAGGCCGUCUCUCAGCCGACCUUCCUUCUCCUCUCGACCAUGUGGUACAAACGCGAAGAGCAACCGUUUAUCGUUGCCAGCUGGUAUGGAAUGAACGGCAUCCAAGGUAUCUGCGGUGGCCUGAUCGCCUACGGUAUCAGCCACAUCAACUCCACCGUCCUGAAGACAUGGCAGAUCCUCUACAUCCUCCUCGGAUGCGUCACCUGCUGCUGGGCGGUCUUCAUCGGCUGGUGGAUGCCCGAUUCCCCCAUGCGCGCAAAAUGCUUCACCGAAGAGGAGCGCAUGCUCAUGGUCGAGCGCGUCCGUGCCAACAAGACCGGUCUUCAGAACAAGAAGUUUAAGAAGGCUCAUCUCAUCGAGCUCAUCAAAGACCCCCAGAUCUGGUGCUACUUAUUUGUUGAGGUCAUCAUCCAAAUUCCCUCCGGCGGUCUCGGAUCAUUCUCCACUCUCAUCAUCAAGGGUAUCGGUUUUGACGAGCUGCAGACCGAGCUACUCUCUAUGGUCAACGGCGCCCUCCAGGUCUUCUUCAUGCUCAGCGCUGCCUACCUCCAGCGAAGGUUCGAAAAGAGUGUCAUCCUGUUCAUGCUGAUCUACCUCGUGCCCAAUAUCGUCGGUACCAUUGUAUUUUUGUCCGUCCCUGUCAAUGACUCGACCCGCAUCGGUCUCCUGUUUGCCUACUGGACCACCAUCUCCUUCUGGGGCAUGAUGGUUCUUCUUAUGAGUAUGCUUGCUCGCAACGUCGCCGGUCAGACAAAGAAGUCGCUUGCCUCUGCCACUCUCUUCUUGGCCUGGGCUGUUGGCAACAUGAUCGGACCUCAGGUCUUCAAGUCAUCCGAAGCGCCUCGAUACGUCACCGGAUUUUCUGUCCAUAUGGGAUGCUAUGGUGUUAUCUAUGGCACUCUCAUCUAUUUGCGGUUCUACCUCAAGAAAGAGAAUGCCAAGAGAGAUGCUUUGCAGGACGAGGACUGGAGAGCGUCCGAAGCGAAUGUGGAGAACGCGUUUGAUGAUUUGACUGACAAGGAGAACCCGAGUUUCCGUUAUGUGUACUAAGGAGUCGGAGCGUUACUGUAUUCUUGCUGUUGUUUCUCUAUUGAGUGAAAUAUUGUGAAUUUAUUAUUAUGUUUAUAUGCCACAUUAAAGUUUAGUUAAUCCCGAACCAGUAACAUAGCCGAGUUGACUCACUCGCCUGACAUCAUUGUUUCAGACCCUCAGAUUAUAUUAAGUUGAUCGCG